AUGCAUGCAGCUGCUAGACUCCAGCAGCAGGCAAAUAUUUGUCAAGUGGCUGAAAUUGAAGAUCAGCUACAUGAACAGAUGAAAACACAAUGUAUGAACUUUCAAAAUCCAAAAUCAGCAGUGAAUAGGCCAUCAAAGUCACAGCCAACAUUGAAGACCACAUCCAAUGAUGCUAUCUCAAGCAUGCAGACCUUGCAGCACACCCCAGGUCAUGAGGACAAUGGUGAGGCCCAAGAGGUUGAAACUGCCAAAGGAUCUGAGACUGGGUCUGAGUCAAUCCAUGGUGAGGACGACUACCACACCAAUCCUGAUGUUGCCGCAGAGGGGAGUGAGGAUGAAAAGACCAUGGGAAUACACAGGAAGCCAGCCAAGAUCACAUGCCACCUCAUUGAAGCUGCCCACACUACUACCAAGGCCAAACUGGGGGCCAAGGCUGCUCCCUCCCAACCUUCUGUCAUUGCAGCUACAGGCAAGUGCAAGCUCAAAUGUGAUGCAGCAGUUAUUUUUGCCUUGGGGCCACCACAGAAGAAGAAGAAAUGCAACCACCCAUCUGGCCUCUCAUGCUCUCACAAGGAAGGAAAAACUGUGGACUCUGCCCAGCAUGAAUGUCACAUAGAGUCUCAAACUGGUGAGCACAUUACUUAUAGAGGUAACCAGAAACCUGCUGGGGCACAGGAUACCAUGAUGCUAACACAUUUUAAGGGUCCCCUUGCUGUUACCAAGAUCAUUGCUAACACUCCUCAACAGUGCUUACAGCACAGUGCUCCUAUCGCAAAUGCAACAGCUACAAAGAAUCAACCUAGUCAUCAAAACUUGCCAAAGGGAUCUGCUGCCCAAUUUAUGAAGCUUUUGGACAUUGGAGAAUCCCUGGAUGGAAUAUGGGAUAAGGUCAUGUUAGAUUGGCCACACUGGUUUGAUGAGGAUGAUCAUGUCUAUUGUCUGUGCAUGCAAAAGACUUAUGAGUGGCAUGCACACAUCAGCAAGGCAGGGAUUGAAGCUGUUGAGGUGCUGUGGGCUUCAGACCUGAAAUACAAAAAUCCUGAGGAACAGAAGGCAUAUGUUGACUUUGUGCUCAGUCUGAGCCUUCCAUUCAUGUAUGGUAGUGUGGAACAUCUAGGAGGGAACAAGUAUAGUACCUUUGUGUCCCACAUCAGGGAUAUUUCAGUGGUCAACAACAAGACUUAUCAUGAGUCAAUUGACUAUGAAAUGCCAAGGGGUGCACUGGUCUUAGCUGUUACAUCAGUCGAGCAGGCAUUAACAUUGUAUUCUACUGGAGCCAAAGAGGUGCCCACCAAGCAGUCCAAGGCAAGCUUCUCUGACAUUGGAUGGGGCACAAAGACUUCAUUUGGGGCUAAGGAAUACUGCAGUGCUGCCAUCCAUUCUAGGCAAGCCCAGGUACCUUACAGUGUAUCAGUGGCAGGCAAAGGCAACAUGAUUGAUGACCAGGCAUUGAUCACAGUGUCCUCUGACAUCAAGGCUGAGUUGGACAUUGAAGGCAAGCAUUUUAAAUGUUCUGGCUUGGAUGUACUGAUCUCUAAUCACUGGACACUGGACAGUGUGAGGAGAUGA